GCGCGGGGCGCGGGGCGCGGCCCGGGCGGGGCGGGGCGGGUCUGUGACGUCACUGAGCGGCGGGUUCGGGGUUCGAGUCCGGCGCCGGGCCUGGCCCCAAGAUGGAGGACCCCGGGAACACCAGGGCCGCCGGGCGCCGCCAGCAGUGAGGAGCGCGAGGGCAUGCGGCCAGAGCCCCCCGCCGCCCGGCCCAGCAGCCUCAGCAGCCCGCGGCCCAUGGCGGCCUAGGGGCGGGCAGCCCCGCGGGGACGGGCGGCCGCAUGGAGCCGGACAAGGCGGCCCGGGACGACGACGGCCGCAGGGCGCCCAGGGGCGGCGCGCGCUCGGGCCACGGGGCGCGCGGCGGGGCCUCCUCGGGGGUGCUGAUGGUGGGCCCCAACUUCCGCGUGGGCAAGAAGAUCGGCUGCGGCAACUUCGGGGAGCUGCGGCUCGGAAAGAACCUUUACACGAAUGAGUACGUGGCCAUCAAACUGGAGCCCAUCAAGUCGCGGGCGCCGCAGCUGCACCUGGAGUACCGCUUCUACAAGCAGCUCAACACGGCAGAGGGCGUCCCGCAGGUGUACUACUUCGGGCCGUGCGGCAAGUACAACGCCAUGGUGCUGGAGCUGCUGGGGCCCAGCCUGGAGGACCUGUUCGACCUCUGCGACCGCACCUUCACGCUCAAGACGGUGCUCAUGAUCGCCAUCCAGCUGAUCACGCGCAUGGAGUACGUGCACGCGCGGAGCCUCAUCUACCGCGACGUGAAGCCCGAGAACUUCCUGCUGGGUCGGCCGGGCAGCCGGCGGCAGCACGCCAUCCACAUCAUCGACUUCGGGCUGGCCAAGGAGUACAUCGACCCGGACACGCGCAAGCACAUCCCUUACCGCGAGCACAAGAGCCUGACGGGCACGGCGCGCUACAUGAGCGUCAACACGCACCUGGGCAAAGAGCAGAGCCGGCGCGACGACCUGGAGGCUCUGGGCCACAUGUUCAUGUACUUCCUGCGCGGCAGCCUGCCCUGGCAGGGCCUCAAGGCCGACACGCUCAAGGAGCGCUACCAGAAGAUCGGGGACACCAAGCGCGCCACGCCCAUCGAGGUGCUGUGCCACAGCUUCCCGGAGGAGAUGGCCACCUACCUGCGCUACGUGCGGCGCCUGGACUUCUUCGAGAAGCCGGACUACGACUACCUGCGCAAGCUCUUCUCCGACCUGUUCGAGCGCAGCGGCUUCGUGUUCGACUACGACUACGACUGGGCCGGCAAGCCGCUGCCCACGCCCGUCGGCCCGGCGCACGGAGAGCUGCCUGCGCAGACCCAGCAGCCGCGAGAGACCACCCUGCUGCACUGCCGGAACCAGGUGCGCGGCGCCCCGCCGCCUCUGCCCUGUGCUGCCGGCCGGGCCAGGGUGCGGGGCGGUCAGAGGGCGGGGCGGGGCGGAGCCGCCCUCACCGCUCCCGCCCCGCAGGCGCUCAACUCCACCAACGGGGAGCUGAAUGCGGAUGACCCGACGGCUGGCCACUCGAACGCCCCCAUCACGGCGCUGGCGGAGGUGGAGGUGGCAGAGGAGACCAAGUGCUGUUGCUUCUUCAAGAGAAGGAAGAGGAAACCGCUCCAGAGACACAAGUGACUGACGGACAGACAGACCGCCGGCCGCCCCCCUCCAAAGGCGACUCCCGGUGGGGCUCCCGCUGGGGGUGCCCCACAAAGCGGCAGCCGGGGCCUUAGCGGCUUUUUUACAAUAAAGGGAAGGAAACCCGU